AUGGGGCCUGCCAUCGUGCUGCUGUGUGUGACUGGGACCUUGCAGCCAGCAGUUUGCAUGCUAGGCGAAGAUGUCACCCUCUACGUGGUGGAGGGAGUGGAGGACAGUGUGGCCCUGGUGGACGGAGACGAGGUGGGGAUCGUGCAGGAUUGCCAGCUGCUGGCAGAAGACGUCAUGGAGAAGGUGGAGGUUGUGGUGGAUGAGGAGCGGGAACAGGGGUCCUCCCAGGAAGUUGAGGAUAAGACGGUUGGAGGAGCAGGGACUGAAGAGACCCAGAGGUGCAAGUGA